AUGUCUGAAACUACGUCUUUAAUACUCGUCAUCUGUUAUGAAUUAUCUUUUAUUGGAAAAUUCAUAAGUCAAAUUUGGCGCAUAUUUUUCGAUAAUCAACUGUCCAUGGUAUUGACAAAACUCGAAACAAUUCACGAAAAAUUGAUACGCCUAAAUAUGGGCGGGCUGAUGAAAAUAAAAAAUAUGAAUUGGAUUUCUAUAGUUAUGAUUAUUGUAAAUGCGAUUGUAGUGAUUCUAGCUGCAGCUGUAUGGACGAUAAGGCAUAAACAUUUAUUUGAAAUAAAAGAAAUGGUAAUUAUAAUUGUUUUAAAUAUUUGCCAAUCCUUUGUUCCUUUUCAAUAUAUACUACUUAUGUCUUAUAUAAAGAAGAUGGUCUACAUGAUAAAUGAACAAAUUCCGGAAAGAAGAUCUUGUUUUAGUACCUACAGAGACAUGUAUUUAGAAGUUAUAGAAUGCUUACACCAAGUCAAUAGAUCAAUAAAUGGUUUCCCAGCCAUUGUGGUUUUCAUUGCAUCAAAUGUCACUGAAAUCAUUGUAAUUAUAUACGGAUAUUUAUUGUUUCCUAGAGAUUAUAUUAAUGAUUCUUAUUUGGUUGUUUCUUUCAUAUGGACAACCAUAUUGACGAGAACAGUCAAUGUUCUAACCUUAUACAUGAUUGCUGACACUACGGAAAUAGAGGUAAAUCGGAUGAGUCUUGUCUUACAUCAACGAUCCGAAAUAGAAAGAAACCCUAGAAUUAAACGUCAGAUCAAGUAUUUUUUACUACGCAGAUUUUAUGAACACUACAAUUUCAAGCUGUAUGGAAUAUGUCACAUUAAUCUAAGACAACUAUUUAAUUAA